GUGUGUGUGUGUGUGUGUGUGUGUUUCAGAGUUUAUUUCUCUUUAAGAACAGGUGACACUUCAUCCCAGAGAGUUUGGAAUUUAAAUUUAGAACCUUACCACAGAACUAAAAAUAGUAUAGUGGAAGGCAAGUGUGCUAUGAGUUGACAAAAGUGUUCAAUGACCCUGACUCAACAAGCAACAACCGUUUUUUAAGCAAUGUUUUACUUCUGCUUUCAUUCAGCAAAAAGAUAAAUACUUCACAGAGGAGUUGGGUUGCAACACAUUGAGACCACGGGACCAUUGGUCACUGGAUCAAAAAGUGUUAUCAUGGUGCGUAAUGUGGAUGACCUGGACUUUUGCCUGUCCUCUCACUCACAAAGUAUGUUGGAGGGACUGCGUUCUCUCUGUUCCCACCCAAAUCUUGUGGAUAUAACCUUAAGUGCUGGUGGAAGGGACUUCCCCUGCCACCGGGGCAUCCUGGCUCUCUGCAGCCUCUACUUCCACUCCAUGUUCUUAGGUGACUUUGUGGAAAGUAUAGGUACACGGGUAGAGCUUCAUGACGUGGAUCCUGAUGUACUUGCCACCCUGCUGGACUUUGCUUACACUGGAAAACUCACCAUAAAUCAGGGAAAUGUGGAGGCCCUGAUAUGCACCUCAAGUCAGCUUCAAUUUCAGACGGUGCGGACUGUCUGUAGUCGAUACCUGCAGCACCAAAUAGAUGCUAGCAACUGCCUUGGCAUACAAGAAUUUGGAGAGAUCCAUGGUUGUCCUGAGGUAGUGGCUAAAGCCAAAGCAUUUCUUUUGGAGAACUUUGAGGCAGUGCAACAGCAUGAGGAGUUUCUGCUGCUGGAAAAGGAUAAGCUAGUAACUUGUCUGAAGGAUGAGGGUCUGAAGGUGAGGCAUGACUGUGCUCAAGCUGAGGCAGCACUUGCAUGGGUCAGGCAUCGCAGAGACAGCCGAAUCAGUCACCUGCCAGAAUUACUGAGACUGGCAAGACUACCUCUUCUGCCUGAGUCCUACCUUAUGGAAAUCCUGUUGAAAGAUCCUCUAGUUCAGGAUUCUUUAGAAUGCAAAGAACUUCUGGAGGAUGUUUCUAGAGAGAAAAUUAAUAUAACACCAGGCGAGUCAGCACAGAGUCCAUUCAGAACUACCCCUCACAACCUGCAGGAAGUGUUGUUUGUGAUGGGUGGCCGCUCGCUAGAUGACUCUGAUGAAGAAGAUGAGGAGGAAGAUGGUGAGAGACAGAUCAGGAUUCAUCCCAGGAACUGUGCCUUCUACAACACAAAGCUUCAUCAAUGGUAUCAGCUACCUGAUUUUCCCAACUACAAUAAAUGGGGUUAUUCUAUUGUUUCUUUAAACAAUGAUGUGUAUGUUACAGGUGGUUCAAGAGGUUCCCAGACCAAUACCUGGUCGACCACAGAGACCUGGAAGUAUAUAACUCGUGAAGGGAGGUGGGUUACAGUAACGCCCAUGUUGAAGCCCAGGACUAAUCACUCCUCUGCAGCAUUAAAUGGAGAGAUUUAUGUCAUUGGAGGCACAAUGAUGGACACUGUAGAAGUAGAACACUAUGACCCAUACAUUGACAGCUGGGCUCUCACAGCUCCUGCAGUGAAAUAUGUGACCAAUUUCACAGCCACUGCAUGUCUGGGGAAGCUGUAUGUCAUUGGUUCCUGUGCUGUCAAAUAUAAUGCCCUGACUCUGCAGUGCUACAACCCUGUCAUAGAUAGUUGGAGUAUCAUCUGCUCUCCAUUUAUCCCAAAGUACCUAUCUUCUCCUCGUUCUGUUUCUAUGGAUGGGGUUAUCUAUCUGGUAGCAGACAACACCAAAAAAGUGUAUCUGUAUGACCCAGAUGCUAACAUGUGGCAGAAAGUUCAGUUCCUGCAUAAACUUCAUGAGAACGGAGGCAUGGUGGUUCUGGGAGAGAAGCUCUGCGUGACUGGGGGCCACUGGAAAGGAAUGGAGGGAGAUUAUAGUGUAGAAGUGGAGGUGUACAAUCGAGCGUCCAACUCUUGGAGGGUGGAGUGUUUUCUUCCCAGGCUCUGGUACUACAGUGGCUGCUGUUCAGUCUUCCUAGACACGUCCCAGUGGCCUGAGCUCUUUCCUGAAGAGACAUAAUGGGAUGCAGUGAUAUGAAGCUGUUUAGUUAUAUUGUAAGCUCAACCAGAAUAACCUUAGCUUAGCUAAGAUGACUAGAAUAAUAAUUCUCUCUCAGAGAAAUUUUUACUUUAUUCUAUUUUUAUUUUUAAGAUACAGAAAACAUCUUUCAGUAUAAAAAUACACAUUCAAGGAAAUAAACUAAAAGAAAGUGCUUUUUUUUUCAUUUACAUUGUUAAAAUAAUAUUUUUGUAUUAUUACAACACUAACCACUGGGAAAGUUGGAUAAUAUAUUCUGAAUCUACAUGAUUUCACAGAAUAGAGAACAUAUAGCUAUAUCUAAUAAUAAAAACAACAUGUCUAAGGAACUUUACAAACACAGUCACAGAGCCUAGAAUGACUAAAAACUGAGCCUAGAAUGAAGUUGUGUUUGGUAUGAAGUCACAUAUACAACCAUCAAUACCAAAAACUGAGGGUAACAAUGUGGUAGUGCACGAUAGGCAACACAAUAAAUACAAAAAGUACAACAAAUGGUAAACAAGAUACAUUGCAGACAAUGCAACAGUUACAACACAGUCCUUGCAUGUGGUGUGUAAUGAGAAAGAUAUU